CGAUAAACUAAGUGAUAGCAGCAGCCCGUCGGACUGUCGGCUAUAAAACACAACAAAUCAUAAAGUGCAGGCAGGGGAAAGCAGAGGAAGGAGGACGGGAGGGAGAACCGUUAGCCGUUAGCCGUUAGCCUCCUUCUACUCCUCCUCCUUCGUCUUCAUCGCGUGAACGUUGUUGUUGUGUUUGUCUCGUGCCCUCCUGUCCUGUCCUGUCCUCCCCUCUCUCCUCUCCUCUUCUUCUCCUCUCUUCUCUUCUUUUCCUUCGCCUACCCGACUUUCUCCCGAUGAGUUCCUAUUUUGUCAACUCCACUUUCCCGGUGACGCUACCGGUAACGUGUGCUGGCGGGCAGGCGGCGGAGUCGUUCCUGGGUCAGAUCCCACUCUACUCGUCGGGAUACGCCGCCGACCACCCGCUCAGGCACUACUCGGGGGCAGCGGCUGUCACCGCCGCGGCGGCCGUGGCGUACGGGACGAGCGGCGGCGGCGUGCACCAGGACAAACCGUACCAGGCGUCCACCUACUACCAACAGGCGGCCAACGGAGCUUACGGCGGGCACCGGGCGGCGCCGGGGGUCGGUGUAGGGGGCGCGACCGGAGCCGGUGCCUGCGACUACGCCACAGCGGCGGCGGCAGCGGCUGCAGCGGCGGCCACCAGCUUUUACCGGGACAAGGAGCACCCGUGCAGCCUGGAGGAGCACCAGCUCGCGCUCAGCCAGGACGGCAUGCACCGUAAAGCGGAGUGCGCAGGGUUGAGUGGGAAAGGGAUGUUCGGUGAAACGAUGGACGACAAGCUACAGUCCUCAGCCCCCAUUUACCCGUGGAUGCAGCGGAUGAACUCUUGCAACGGGACCUUCGGCAGCCCCGGGAGGCGCGGGCGGCAGACGUACACCCGUUAUCAGACGCUCGAGCUGGAGAAGGAGUUUCACUUCAACCGGUACCUCACGCGGCGGCGGCGGAUCGAGAUCGCGCACGCACUCUGCCUCACGGAGCGGCAGAUCAAGAUCUGGUUCCAGAACCGGAGGAUGAAGUGGAAGAAGGAGAACAAGCUGAUCAACUCCUCUUCUUCUUCGUCCUCCUCUUCCUCCACCACGGUGAACUGUGUAGAGGAAGAGGAGAAACGGACGGAGUGAAAAAUUGAAAGAGGAAGAUUGAGGAAAAGACAUGCUGUUAAUUCCUUCCCCUUAUCGUCUAAAAAUUGUCGCUUGUCGGCUGUGAAAACUCUGGGAAAAGUAGCCUAUACAUUUAAUUUAAUUCAAAUAUUAAUUUUUAAAAGAAAUGUUUAGGCCUACCUGAGCAGGCGAGAGGAGGAGGAGAGGAGGAGAGGAGUUUUUGGAUCCCUCAAGAAACCUCCCUGUGUGGUCUUUGUUGAAUUUGUGAAAGACUCUUGAGAAGGAACCCUGAGACUGUGGAAAGAAAAGGAGAAAGAAGAAGUUAAAAAGACAGAGAGAGAGGUGGACAGUGUAUUUAAAAAUACAGCAAAUAAGUAAACCGCCAGCCAAGGGUGACAAACUGUGUUAAAACACAAUUUCUUGUUGCAUUCCAAGAAACCCACUUGACUUCUUCUUCUUCUACUUAGAUUUUUUUUUGUCAAAUGUACUUCCUUCUGUCAGGCACUUGUUUCGAAGCUUUAGGACUCGACCCCCCCGAUUAUUUUUUCAUAUUAUUUUGUAAACGUGUUGUGUGUAUUAUACCUUCAAUUAAGACACGCUCAGACACCCAACAACGUGGGGAGGAAGCUAUUUGAGAAUUGUAUGUAUGUCAUAUGGUGUUCAUAUUUAAACUGUAUAGAAAUAAGCAAGAAAAAUGAAAAUAAUUGCGGAUCAGGAGGAAGGAAGGGAGUAAUUGAACCUUUCCAGGUGUUUUACUUUUCCAAUAUCGAGGAGUGGGCGUGCGAGUGGGAGUGUUAACCUACUGAUGUUAUUCUCCAAACUACCUAAAAACGUUCAGGAAAGUGUAUAUUUUAUGGAUUUUUACAUUGUUUGUUUAUGUUAGUGUUUUUGUCAAGUAAUUACGUAUACUAUCUAUCAGAAAUGU